CGUAUUCAGGCAGCUGUUGUCCUUUACGGUUCGCGCUCACUUAGCUGCUCUACGCACGAAGAUUAUGUACUAAAGUACAGAAGUAAUACUGCUGCGAAUCCAUUCUGUACGACUUAACCGAGUAAGUGAACUUUUCGCAUUAUUUAUUUCUAUAGCUAUAAAUCAUAUAUUUACCAUAAUAUACAGUUUGUGCCUAUGCGGCUGUUUACGAUACGCGCAUCAAAAAUAUUAUUCAUACAUUUACAAAUCAUUAUUAAUAGUAAAUGAAGUAAUAUACUUGAAUAAUAUAAUUAUUUAUAAUGUCUCAUAAUAAUAAAAGCUAUAGAUCGAUUAUAUUUAUUAUACAUAGAUAUAGUUUUGAAAAUUAUAAUUACUCGUCGAAAUUUGAAUAAGUAUAAAUGACCAACAUUCUAAUAAUAUAAUAUUAUAAACCUAAUGAUUGUUAUAUUUGUAGAAUACAUUUAUUAUUACUUCCUGUACGGUUUAAAGUUGAUUUUUUUCCCACUCUAUAUGAAAAAAAUAUUUAUCCAAAUCGAAAUGUAUAUACGUCUAUUAAUAUUGAAAUUAUUAUUUAUUUAUUUAUAAAAUAGAAAUAAUUAUUAAUUAUGUACAUACAUAAAAAUUAACCAAGCUACCUAUGUCCUAAAUAGGUAUUUACAGCGGUGGAUCUAAGAAUUAAAAAAAGGGAGUCCAAAAAACCAUUCACUUUUCAUAUGCGUUAAAAAUAGAUGUUUAAUAUAAGUUAUAAUUUAUUUAUAAUUUAGUAUAAGUCUUAUUUUUAAAGUACAUGCAAGUUCUAAGAGAGACGGGAAGGUAUCAUUUGUAUCCGCUCCUGGAUACAUUCAUAAAAUAUAAAAUUAAAAUAAUUACAAACAUGAAACGAUAAAUCGUAUUAUAAUUACCUACCUUUCUAUUUCUAAUCUGUUUCAAAGUUCCUUCUCAUUCAUCUCGCUCUACUGCCAUCUUCUAUGUCUCGCACGCCACCACUAAAAGCGUGUGCACGGGGGGUUCCGGGUGUACCUGGUCACCCCCCGACUUAUAAUUGGAGCCCUAAAAUUUAAGUCUUCUAAAAUAUAUAUAUUGGUCCGUAUUUAACUGAUGUUACUAUAGAAUAAAAAUGUAAUUUUAAUGUAAUAACUAUCAUUUUAGAAAAGUUUACAAAAAUUUCAUCAGGCACUUUGAUUGCUGAAAUCAAAAUUUUCAAGAACUCAACAGGCAAUAAUAUAUUCCUAAAGAAACUACUAAUGAAUCUGUGUUUUUUUGGCUGUAUAGAUUAAAAGACUCGCAGUAGAUAUAAUAUAUUAGCUGUUUUUUAAAAUACUACAAAUUUUUAGCAUUGUACCCAUUACUAUAGUUGUUCGUGCGAACAGAUAUUUUUGAAAUUAAAUAUUGUGAAAAGUAAAUAUUAAGAAGUACCAAGGCCCAAGACCGUUUUGAAUUAUUAAUUUUACUUUUCACAGAACAAGAAAUUGCCUCUAAUGUUGAAGUAGAUAACGUUAUUAAUUAAUUUAAUAAUUCAAACAAUAUAAGCACAAGUUAUUAUACAACAUUCAUAAUUGAUCUCUGAGAAUAUUAAAUAAAACAUUGUAAUUUAUGUUUAUUCGUACAUUAAAAUGUAUUAAAAUAUGUACAUGUCUUAUUAGGGCCCAACAAUAUUAUAGUCACCCCCCGAAAUUCAGGUCUAAGUAAGCUUAUGGCCACAACCAAUUACAUGGCUAAUGAGCCUCUAAGACAUUUAAUGUCAACUGCCAAUGCGGAUUCUGCCUUUAAUGACUUAUUGACCUAAUUAUGUGUGAUUUCUUACAUCUUAUUAUAACUUAUAAGCUAUUAUAAUUUUAUGAAUUAAUUUUUUGUAUUGACUUCUGUUAUCUCAAAUGUUUAAUGUUGUAUGUUCAAAAAGGCCCAGCCCGUAUAAUUAAAAUAAAAUAAUGGUAUUAUUAUGAAUAUAUAAUAUUGCAUGGCUUAAAAAAAUGUAAUUCGUAAUUUCCAAAAACUAAACAAAUUUAUAAAAAUAUUGACAAGAAAUCAAAUCAAUUUUAAGUACUUAUAAAGAAAUUAUAUGUAUGUCUUAUUGUGCAUUUUGUUUAUGUACCUAAAUUUAUAAAUCACAAUGUUCGAUUUAUAAAAACUAUUGUCUUAUAUGCCUAAUAUAAUAUAUUAGUAAUUUGUUUGUAUUUAUAAAGAUAUCUUUAUACUUUUAAGUUUAAUUUUAAUUUUAUAUUUUAUGGUUCCCAUACAUAAUAACAGCGACGGAUUCAGAAAUUGUUUAUAUUAUUCUAUUAUUUAUAUUUUCAGUAAAUUAACUGUAAAUUAUAUAUUAAAUUAAUAUAAAAUAUAUAAGUGAAAAUUGUAGUCUAUCGAUAGGGAGGCAUGUGUCCCUGUCAAUAGUUUCUAGAAAUAAUUUCUAAAAUCUUUUAUUUUUAAUGAAUGAAUUAAUUCCAAAUACUGCGGCGAGAAAACUUUAUUAAUAUUACUGUAACGGAAUCAAAGUAUUAAUCAUUCUUUAAAAUAACAAAAGAUAACAAUAACAAUAAUAACGGUUUAACAAACUUUUUAAGUAUUUGAUACUUUUCGGAAAAAUGUACGGAAAAAUAUUGUAUAUAUAGGUGUGCCUCGAUGACCUGCCACUUGAAAUAACUUUUGUUAUGUAUUUUUUUUAAAUAAUUACAUAAUAUGUUUCUGCGAUACAGUUUAAAAUGAACAUUUUCUUUAGGGGGAAGGGGAAUUAAAAUUAAAAAUUUUAAUAUAAUUUUUUUAAAAGAAUUUAAAAUAGCCAUUUUGUAAAAUAGAUUUUUAGAAAAUUUUAGGCGGUUGAAACCUUUGCUGAAGUAACGUUUCUUAUUUUUUACGAUUUUUCGAUAGUUUGAAUAAUUGUCCUUUCAAUCAUAAAAAUAUGGUUUAUCAACAUAAAUGACUAUUAUUGAUUGAUUGAUCCUACCUAAUAAAAUUGAUUACUUGAAUGAAAUUUUGAUAGUGGCAAAUCAUCGUGGGACACUGUAUAAUAUUUAGUUAACAUUUAUAAUAGAAUUUGUUUUCCUGGUUACGUUUUAAUUUCUCAAUCAACGGCCAUCUGCUAUACAACACUAAUUUUUCAUGAUUUUACAACUAAUGCAUAUAUAUAUAUAUAUACAAAUCUCUUAUCAUAAUGUUUUUGCAUUAUCUCCGAUAAUUCUUAUCCCUUCUCGCUUCUGUUACUUUCUGUAUGAUUGUUUUGCCUUCCAGGUUUACAUUCUUUAGCUUUUCGGUAUUACACACGGAUAACUAAUAUUUAGUCACGUUUUUUUAGUUUUAUAUAUAGGUACUGGAUAUAAAACUGUACGGGGGAAUAAUGGGUUAGUACAUAGUUAUAAUAAUAAUAAUAAUAAUAAUAUUUUCGAUACAAAUAUCUUGUAAGUCAACAUAAGUAUACUUUUCAUUCUGUUGUAAUAAUUUUAGUCGGAUAUAGGUGGGGGGGGGGUGUAAUGCGUGGGGAUGGUAGUGCGAGAAGUUUGACGGGACAAAUGGGAAGAAGAGUCCCGCAGGACCAAACGUGAUGCUUUGACAUGCCGUGUCCGUCGCGGGGAAAACUGAUUAAAUAGAACGGCGACGAUACCGCACGUAUAUUAUAUGACGUGUGAACGGGUAACGACGAUAAGCAUGGACACGCGCUACGGAUCCUUUUGCGGGACACGGGACGGCGUUUUAUUAUUGUAAACAAUUCAUCCGUGCGAACGACUGCAGGGGCGCGCGGUGACGCACACGCAUGCCGUCGGGUUUAACACGGGAUUACGGUGGUAAUACCAAUAAUAAUAAUAUAACAACAAUGUGCCGCAGUAUUAUUAUUAUUUUCGUGUGCGGCCAUCUCGAAAAGUCGACGAGUCCCGCGAUGAUAAAGGCGCCUCUUGGGAGACGUGUGCGCCGUCGCCGUCGCCGCCGCCGCCUCCGUACACGGGCGCCAAUGAUACGGUCCGGGGCGCACUGCGUGCACGCGCACACUCGGGGAUUUGGCCGCGGGUCAACCGGACCGUGGCCGCCGCGGACGCGUUCGCGUGUUAUUCACGCACACUUAACGGCGCCACCGUCGCCGCAUAUGACCCAAAUGUUUGUUUUGCACAACGGUUGAACUCAUAAUAUACAAAAUGUAUUAAAAAACAAUAGCGCAUCUUGUUGGCGCGAAUGUCUUCCGUAAUGCGCGGGAGAGACUUUAAAAAUAUUAUUUUCGUUCGCACAAAAUAACUAUCGAUUAAAUAUUAUAAUAAUAUUAUGCACGUACUUAAUAUUUAUAUAGUAAUAACUUUACGAGUAUUUUAAAUCAUUUUAUUAUAUAGUUUUAUUUCGGAGUAUUAUGGCAAAGACCAGACCACGUAGCCAGACAUUUUCGAUGGGGGUUGUUAUGAAAAAAUGCAACAGUAUAUCAAUACCGUUAUUUAAUAUCUUAAACAGGCUUAGGGAAAUGCACCGAAAUAGAUAACAAUAUAUUCUUAUCUAUUUCGAUGGGAAAAUGGUAAUUUAGUUAUUGUCAAUUAUAUCAAUAGACAAUAACCGUAAUUAACAAAUAACUAUAAAACAAUAUUGCAGUUAUUUCGUGAUAUCAAUAAUCAAUCUUUGACUUCAUAAUUAUUUUUAUAAAAUACGAACAUUGUUAAGAAAUUAAUGUACAUAUAGUUAUGUAUGGCCAUAAUGUAAAAUAAUUUGUUUUUCAACAUUUUAUUAUAUAUAUCUAAUAAAUAAACACGACCAAACAGGAGUUGUUACACCCCUCUCCCCAACACUCUACGCCACCGGAAGAAACCAUUAUAGUUUUACUAGGAUGUGGUUUUUUUCUGAUUAGUAAAAAUCCUUUUAGUUUCUUAGUAAUUUUACUUUAAAAGAAGUGAAUUUUUUGGCCGGUGAUAUUUUAUAUUGAAAAAUGUCGCUAAAUUACCGACAGUUUUUCUUAAUAACUACAAAAGCUGAUAACAAAACAUCAAUUUUAUUUCUGUUGAUUUCAUGGCUUCAAUAAGAGAAAAAGUUUAAUAUGAUCUUGAUUAUAAUGUUGUAAAACCUAACCUAACCAGAUUACUGCAUGGUUCCGCUCAGAACAAUAUUUUGACUGUAAUAACAAGUAAUCAUUGCUAUUUGCUAUAUGAACUAAAAAUUACCUUACUUCGUAUACCAUCCAAACUUAUGUCCGGCUAAUGUCCGCUAUUCAUAGCGGAUACCCAAAUUACAAAAUAAAAUGUGAACAAAAGAUUCAUCGCGUAUAAUUAAUUAAUUUUUUUUUUCUAGAUGAAUUACUAUAAUAAGAAAAGUAUUAUAAAAUGAAGAACUUUUAAAAUCAUCAUCAGUUCAUUAUUUAAAACAAGAAAAGAAAAAUUGUUAAAGUAUAAUCAAAACACAAAUACAUCUCGCAUACGUGUUAACACUAUAAUGCCGCAUACGGGUAAGUGAUAUCAAUAGUCUAUUAUAAUAAAUUUUAAAUUCGUAUGGUGUAGCUUUUUUUGCUAUAUCUGUAUUUAUAUGUGUAUAUAUAAUACAAUAUAAUACUCGUAUGGUCGUGUUUUUAUAGAUUCAAAAACUACUCGACCGAUUUCAUUGAAAACUUCUCAGUUUGUUCUUUUUAAUUCCAGGAUUAAUUUGAAUGAGAAAUUCAACCCCUAAAGUGAAACUCGCAGGAAAUUUGUUCUUAAAAUACGAUAAUUGCAUUUUUUUUUUGUUUUGUUCAUUUCUGGUAUCUAUUAUUUACACGGGAAAAAACAUUGUUAUGGUAAUUAAUAACAUCAAUAUCAAUGAAAUAUAGGUUUUAAUUUGUUUUUCGUUUACUACACGGGCAAAGCACGAGGGCAUUUGUAUACAUUUGUUUACGAAGAUGUUUUUUUCUCGGAAAAUAUUUAUUCGAUUAAUAACCUUUAAACUUUUCUUGCCAUAGAUCAAAAGAUACAAAUUUUCGGACUGAUGGUACUCUAUUUACUUCAAUAGAUUCUCGAUAGUUUUUCUAAAAAGUUAUAAAAACUAAAAAUAAAUGACGGUACGUCUGUUUUAUUUUUAUUAAUUUCCGGAUCGCCUUGACUACAAGGGGAAAAAGUUGAUACUGCUGAUUGGUGAGCCAUUGUUGUUGGAGGAAGUAGGGAAGGUAGGAUACUUACAGUUAUUUAUUUUAUAUCUACAAGCCAUUGCAAACGAAAUACGAUUCAGAACGAAGUUCAGUUAUACAUGUUUUGAAAUUCCAUGAUUCGUGAUAAUAUGAUCUUAAAACGAAAAUAAAAACUACUAUAAUGUUACAUUACACUCAACUUUAUUUUUACCACUAAGUAUAACUUAUAAUGAACUUUGUGUUAAAUGUUCAAGUAUUUCUGUUUCAUCAAACAAUUAUAUCCACAUUCCACAUAGUAAAUAUUAAUCAAAGAAAAACUAAGUACGUAAAAAAAAAACUAGAAAAUGUAAAAUACCUAUAAAUAGCCUAAAAAUAUUUUGAGAAUGUUUUUAAAAUUUCACCACGUUUAAAAAAAGGCAAAUAUACGUUUGCUGUCUAAAUUCUACGAAUAUUUAUAAAUUAAUUACAACAAAAAACAAAACUGUAAAUAAUAAAACCAAUAUUUUCGUAAACUUUCCAAUUCUUUCUAAGUUUUUUCCCGGUUUUGCUCAAUUAUUAAGAAAACCACACCACUGAAAAUUAAAAAACGACACUCUUGCUUAACAAUCGGAUCCCAAAUUUAACAACAAGGUUUCUUGUCGUUUUUAUAUUGGAGCAAUGUUUCUAAUAGAAAAAAUAAUUUGUAUAAAUUUAAAAUAGUGAAAUCGGUAACGCAGCGUAAAAUAAUAUUUACGCGCCGUAAAUAAUUACCCUUCUCUCCCAUAUGUUUCCUGUUUUUACCAAUUAUUUUGAAAACCCCUUAAACAAUCAAAAAAUGAUCUACAUUUCAUCAACAAAAUCUAAAAUUUAAUAGAAAAGGUCUCUUGUCAUUUUUUUGAUUGAAUCAAUGUUUUUGGUAGAAUAGCUACUCACAGACACAAAAAAAAAAAAACAUAUCAUAUAUAGUAAAUUCAAUAGAUCCUUCAGUAUCUAUAACACGAUUAAAAUACUGUAAACCUUACCAACAGUUUACCUCUUCCACUCACAAUAAUAUUUUUGAUUGCAAUAUUUUAUCACUGUUUUCAGUGUAUAUUAUUUAAACUAAAUUACCAGGUAAAUACCUUCUAAACUUGUCCACCCGGCGACUUUUUAAUUUUGUUUUUACUUUAGUAUUAUGCCUAUCUAUAGUAAUUUUCGCACAGCUAUUGCUUGUCAGUUGAUAUAAUAAAGUUUAUAACCUAAAACGCGUAAUCAAUUUUAUUAUGAUCAUUUCACUAUUAUAAUAUAUAUAUAUAUAUAUAUAUAUCAAUUAUAUUAAAAUCGAAGCUACGCGGAAUGGCCGAAUACCUAUACUAAAACUAUAAAAAAUUUAUUUGUCCCUGCCCAUCGUGUAUAUUGGUACUAUUCGUAUUAUCGUUUUACAGUCGACCAAUUACAGAAGUCCACCAGUCCGCGUGCCUUUUAAUAUAAUUGCGUAUUGCGUAGGGUUGUAUGUUGUAGCUUGUAAAUAUUAUAUUAUAUUAUACAAUUUACAAUAAACACAAAGUAGGUAUAUUAUGUGUACAUCACAUAUACUCGUAAAUAUACAAUAAACAAGGCACGUGCAUCUAAAUAAUUGCAAUGAAGGUAUCGCCGCGGUUUAAUAAAAAAUAUACAUAGUUUACAUGUACAUAUAUAAAUAAUAAACGUACGCAAUUACGGUAUAAUUAUAAUUCUAUAGCGUAUAGGAGCCUAUAGCCCGUCAUCGCUAUAUUACUAUUAUACGAGAUAAAACCGGUCGAUUAUAAUAUAAAUAUAUGCCGUUGCGCGGUCCAUCCCGAUAGGUGCGGUAAUCUUAUUAUUUUCGUCCUGUUGCGGUCGUGUGCAUAAAAAUCAAUUACGCGCGUGUACAGUGCAGUUCCGUAAUCGUUUGUAUACGAACGUAUACGCGCAUACGAAUUGUACACACAUCUCGAGGCGGCGAAUUGAUAUGAUAAAUACCGGGAGCCGGGAUCGGGAGUCGGUACAUCUGUCGCUUAUUGUCGGUCUGCAUAGGUGUUAAUGGGCGGUAGUUUUUACGAAAUUACAGAGACGCGUCGUCGUCGUUUUCGGAUCCGCCUCGUAGCACCAGGGGGUCUUCCGAUCCACCCGACUGAUACGCGUAGUUACACCUAUAUAUACAUUAUAAUUAUACCUGUAAAAUAUUAUUAUUAUUACACUGCACUACGCCGCUCUGGGUGCACGCUACAAUUUUAUAUCGAAACAUAAUAUUCGUUUAUUUUUUUAUUUUUUUUUUUUUUUCAUGAUUUGCUGUCCGCAGUAUUAUACGUAUAAUAUAUCGGUUCGGGAAUAUAAUGACGACGAUAUAAGUGUCGUAAUUGUCGUUAUUUUAUUUUUAUUUUUUUUUUCACACACGAACAUCUCGCCCGCAAAAUAUUAUAGUCUCGUCAUGCCAUGUCGUGACGGGGAUGAGGAUAUUUUGUAUCGGGCGAGUAUAUACAUUUAUUUUUCGAUUGCUGUAGAAUGAAUUUAACAUCUCGUAUACGAUUUUUUAUCAAAAUUUUACCCGUUUCGAAGAUAUCGAACGAAGUCGUGGUUUUUUUCUCAAACAUCGCGAAGUUAUUUAUACAACAAUCCACGGCGAUCAAAACACUUUCGCUUUUCUAUGAACAUUUUUUUUUUAAAUUUUGUGUCUUUUUUCUAGUAGAUGUAAUUUAAAAUCCGUUUACAAUUAAUAAUUAAUAAUUGGUUUUAUAAUAAGGUAAUGUAGUUAACAUAUAAAUAGGUAUUUACUACGCGUAAACCCCCAAACUAGCGUCCCGUGCUCCUUCAAGAAACGUACAGUCGAGGGACAGUGAGAAAAACUAUUGUGAGCAGUGUAGAGUGGUUCAUUAAUGACCACUUAAUUCGAACACACAAUAAUGUGAGGCUAUAGAAAGAUUCCAAAACCGUUUCCUAAAUUACGCUACAUUUAAAUUAAUAUUUGCACUGGAGUCCCACAUUUACAAACCUAUUCGCGUUCAAUUGGAUCUCCCCACUUUGGCUUUUAGACUUAAUGCAACAGAUAUGCUAUUUGUUUCCAACCUCAACAAAUUUAUUAUUAUUAUUAUUAUUAUUAUUAUUAUUAUUAUAUAACUCGUGGACGUAAUCUCGAUUCUUACACGUGUUUACAGGUCAAGCCGGUGUUAACCAAUUGGGCGGUGUGUUUGUCAACGGCCGCCCGUUGCCUGACUACGUCAGAAGACGUAUAGUACAGCUAGCCCUUUUGGGUGUUCGGCCCUGUGACAUAUCUCGACAGCUUUUGGUUUCACACGGAUGCGUGUCGAAAAUUCUGACCAGAUUUUACGAAACUGGCUCCAUACGACCGGGUUCCAUCGGCGGCGCCGGAUUGCACAAAAAUAAAGUGAAUAAUUAUUAUUGUAAUAUCGCAGUGUAUCUAUAUUAUCGUUUGAAAACGUCGUAGAAUUCAGUUCCUACAGUUGUAUGCGCAACACAAAAAUAAAAUCAUGCUUAUUCGACUUUUGUAAUAUAGUUUUUAUACACUCAAGAAAUUGUGUGAAUAAUAAUGAAAAUUACCACCACCAAUACAAAUAAUCUUUACCAUCACCUAUUGACUACAGUAUACCAUUUUUCAAAAAUCAUUCAAUAAGAAUUAAUAAUUUACAAAAAAAAACUAACAAUCGAUAAUAUAUUUAUAUUUAUUUUUGUACUUAUUUAUUAUAUUUUUUUAUAAAAUGUUUCGUAAAAUUAUCAUAAAAUACUUGUAAACGCUAAUAUGUAUUUAAAUUUUGGUUAAAUUGCUUAUACAUUAUUGCAUAAGGAAAAAGUACAAUACAGACAUGAUAAUUAUUCAGUAUUAAGUACUAUGAAUGAAUUGUUUUUGAAAAUUGUUAUGAUAUUUUCAAUAGUCUUAAUAUAAAUAAAUAUUAAGAGUACGCUUAAAGAACAAAGUUUAGUAUAGGAACUUCGUUCCCUUUCAAAUUCGAGCACUGCAAAUACAUAUAAUACAAUCAUAAUAUCAACUAUUUUCUCACGAUGCGCGACGGGUCAUACAAUACACACCCAUUCUUGGAUUCGUGCACCCAUUUCUAAAACUCAUCAACCCACCCCAAAGUAUAUGUAGAAAUCAUCUAAAAAAUAAAUAUACUCAAAACAACACUAUUAACACAAUUUUUAUUGGUAAUACAAAAAUAAUAAACUAUUAAACUUCCGUCUGUAUACUUUAUAAUAAAGUGAGUAUAAAAAUAAUUUAUAAUGAUUUCAAUAUACUAGCUAACAAUAUUUCUGUAGUUCUAUAACUAUAAAAACGAAGAAGAGGAGGGAAAUUAUGCGAUUUUAGGGGUUGCUGAUCUUAUAAAUAUGAAUAUUUUUAAAAAGUUUCUAUACGAAAUAUUAGAAAAAAUAGGCACUGUCGCAGUAGUUAUUAUAACCUAAUACAUCUUAGGUACAUACGUUAUACUUCCCGGAAAUAUUAUUCAAUUGACCGUUAAGUUUUUGAUUUUGUAAAUUGAAAAGUCAUUUACGUUUUAGCCAUAUGACUAUAUAGAUGAAACUUGAAAAGAUAAUUUUUUGUAUUUAUUUGUAUUAAUUAUCAAUGGUUUUAUUUCAGACUACCAAUGGUAAUUUCACAAAGAAAAGUACCAGAUGCAAGCAAGAUAUAUCAAAUCGAAUUACCGGAUCUGUCAUAGUACCUCCUCCAAUACGCAACGUCCCGUGGAUACAUCCCUUAGGUAAAUAUUAUAUUAUCUACCUACAUUUAAUUAAUAGUAUGAUGAUACUGUAUUAUGUAGUACAGUAAUAUAACACCUCUUCGUAAACAAAUAGAACAAACAUUUUGUCUGUAAACAAAUUGUCAACCAUAGAACUUGGACAGUUGGAUUUAGGAUCUAAUUGGUGAAUCGAAAUUUAUUGAUUUUCAAAACAGUUUUCAUAAUAAUUCGGAAAAACCAGAAAAAAAGUGUAUAGAAAAACCGGAUAAAUAUUUUAUAAGGUAUUAACGAUUUCAUUAUUUUAAUUCGGUUCGAUUUUUUUUCUUUACUAGAAAUCUUGCGCUGAAGUUUAAGUAAAGCAUUUUUUCUAACAGAAAAUUUUGUCUAAUUGAUGUAUAUACAAGUCACCUUUUGAUUUUCUAUGUAAUUUUUUUUUUGGUUAAAAAUAACCAUAGAUACCUGGAAUUUUCACAGAAUACUUCUAUACUGUACUAGCCUUUUUUAGACGUGGCAAUCUUUGAGUUACCUAUUAAUAGGCAUUAAACAUUUUCAAGUUUUUUUUAGUUUUUAUUUGUCUUAACAUGUAGAUAAAACUGUUUGACCGAACAGAAACGCUUGAAAAUUAAAUACGAGUUUUAUUAUAAGUUGAAUUUACUGGUAAAUAUAUGGUAAUGUACAGUUAUUAGAUACUAAGCGAAGCGAGGAAUGUAUUGGUCUUACAGUGAUGAUGUUUAUGUAUUUAUUUUUCUGUAGACAACACUACACAAGUAAAGCACUUUUUCUGAAGGGAUAUCUGACUGGGGUGGUACUUUAAAGAGAUCAUUUUUUGAUUUUUUCAGUAAUUAAGAAAAACCAGGAAAUAAGGGAAAAUUUAAGAAAUGUAUUAGUAAAUAUUACGUCCUGUUUUUACUGUAGACAACUUUUUUAUCAGAAAUAUUAUUUCGAUUUUCAAAAUGUAGCACUUUUUCUGAAAGAAAAUCUGACUGGAGUGGUACAUUAUCGAGGUCGUUUUCUCAGGUUUUUUCAUAAUAAAUGGGAAAAAACGGGAAAAUUUUCAAAAUGUAUUAUUUAAAUUCAUUUUAAAAUCGUAAAUAUUACGGCCAUUUAAAACAUAUAUAAUCGAACUCCGCUCAGAACCGUUUUUCGUUAGCAAAGAUUAAUCGUUGCGUACAGAUAUACUUUCAAUUUUCCUCUAUACCUAUGCUAUCGUCCGAAUUUCUCACUUAAAACAAGUGGCUCACCCACCGUACGAAGUGUAUUGAUGUAUCUUUUAGAUUCUAAGUGGUGUGAAGAAGCUUAUGGCUUUACAAUAAUGUUUAUUUUUUUUAUUCUGUGGACAACUUUUCUACCAGCAAUUUUCCUCCGAUUUUUAAUGAUAGCACUUUUUCUGAUAGGAAAUCGGACUGGGGAUUAAUUUAGGGAAGUCAUUUUUUGAUUUUCCCAAUAAAUAUUACGAACGAAAAUGAUUAAUGCGUAUGCAAUUAGUUUACCAUAAUAUUUCACAUAGACAAAGUAACACUAUUAACAGAACUCCGCUCAGAAUCUGAAUUUUUUUGUGAGCCGUGUUUUAUUGUUGCUUACAGAUGUACAUUCAAUUUUUCCUCUACUACCUUCCCAACUUCUCACCUACAGAAGUGGCUGCACCCGUCUCCAUUAUCCUAGGACGGCUUUUUUUUUAUAUACGUGUUUUAAGAAUCGUUUUUCCUUAACAAUGGUUUAAAUAACUUUAUUUUCAAACGUUUGUCCAACUUAUGAAAUGUAUAUAAUAUCAGUGUGCCAUUGUCUGUUCCGCAGACUUGUACUACGAACGGAUCCACCAGCAGCAGCAGCAGCAACAGCAGCAGCAGCAGCAUCGGAACAGUAACGGACCGAUGAACGUCGCGGGCGUGCCGUCGACCGGACAGUGCGCGCCGUUGGACGGCGUGAAUAAAAAUAAGCUGCGCACGCCGUACACGAUCGAAGAGAUACUGAAACCCAAGGCACCACGGCCGCGGACACCGUCCCCGUGCGGCCUGCUCGUGGACGGCGUGUGCACGUGCGGCCUGACCGGCAACAUGGUGUCCGCGGCGUUCUACGUGGACGUGCAACAGCAGUUCAUGUGCAGUCAGCAGCACCACUAUUGA